AGUCAAUCUAUUGUAUCUUGGUUUGACGACGGAACUCAAAUCGGUGCCGUGAAAGCAGGCGAAGCAGCGUGACAGCAACGACGGACGUAUGAACCUGUUCGCUUUCGCGUAGCAGGGUAGCCCUCUCCGUAGACACAGAAGGUCGCAAGGCUUUCCAGCAAUAGACCCUGACCCUGUUUAGUGGGAAACUGGAUCCUCAAUAUUAUUUUGAGGGUGGUGAUGCUCUCAAUAUGAGCGAAGAAAGUAGAGUUGACACUCAGCAUAAGGGUCAUUGGAAGCAAAUGGGGUGUGAUGAAAGGAUGGCAGCAGUUCAUGAAGAAAUGAAGAGGAUGAAUCAGCUUCCUGCAAACAGCACAUAUGCAACUCAUCGCUUGCGUGUUCUCAACAAAAUAAUGCAACUAAUGUCAAUCCAGAGAACUGCAUCACAGGAAGAAGAGUUGGACUUACUUUUUUCUAGGCUCUCUCUGUGAAUAAAUAUCAGACUUUUCUGGGCUGUGAGAAACCACAAUAUUGUGGGUACUGUAUCCCCAAUAAUCAUGGCUAAGGCACUUGCACAUCACUUUGCUGCUUGUGGAAGGCGUUUCUAUUUUAUGCAGAUGUGUAGGGCAUCGCAUUGUCUUAUGUACACAAUUCUCUUCCUCUUCUCUGCAGUCUUAGUGUCUCUUUGUCUUUGAUAGUAAGUGUAAUCAAAAGCAGUAGAUACAUGGGAUGGUCAGAAUCAUUCUUUCUGUUUGAAUUUAUGGAAUCCUCUUAUUCAUUCUUCUCUCCAAUCUUAUUGUACCAAACAACCUUUUGUAUUCAAUGGCAAGUGCAAUCAAAUGCAGUAGAUACAUGAGAUGGUCAGAAUCA